CCUGUUACGCUUCACCUAUCUAUUCUCCGCCUCCUUGUUCACAUUCACCUGUGCCCCGUUUUUGGUGUCGGUGGCCAGUUUUGCUGUUUACGUCGUGGUUGAUCCAAAAAAUAUACUGAAUGCAGAGAGAGCCUUCACAUCCAUCUCCCUGUUUAACAUCCUCCGAUUCCCCCUCUGCAUGCUGCCUAUGCUUAUAUCUACCAUGGUGCAGACAAAAGUAUCCUCUGCCCGCCUGGAGAAAUACUUGGGAGGAGAUGACUUGGAUAACUCUGCCAUAAGCAAUGAUCCCACUGUUGAUGCUGCUAUCCAGUUUUCUGAUGCCUCUUUUACCUGGGAACCGGGCACAUCUCCAGCAGUGAAGAAUGUCAACCUGAAUAUCAAGGAAGGUAACCUGGUUGCAGUAGUUGGUGGGGUUGGUUCUGGGAAAUCGUCACUUGUCUGUGCGAUGCUUGGAGAAAUGGACCAUGUCUAUGGACACAUCAACAUAAAG